AUGUCGCGUAAAAUAUCAUUCUCACAACGAACCUCCUCCAGCAGCACUGGCUCCAAAAGCAAACAAAUGUCAUUGAGCUCCUUUCUGGGAUGUUCACAGAAGAAAAAGGAAACGGAAAUCGUGAAAACCAAACCCGCCAAGAAAAUAAAUCCCAUUUACAUCGAUUCUGGCACAGAUGAAGAUGACAUUGAUACAGAUGAUGCCACUUCCAAAACCAUUAGCAGCAGCAGUAGUAGCAGGACAAGUGUACUUAUUAAGAAAUAUUUAUUUGAAGAUGAUUCCAAAUCACCAUUGGCCCCGGCCAAAAUUAAAAAAGUCAUCACAAAAAGUCCUGAUACUCCAGCAGCACCAGCUUCCACGGGAGUAGUAUCUCUGAACAGUCCAUCACCAAUGAAAAUAAAUUUCGAUGAUAUCGAAUCGUCAUAUCAAAAUGCCAUGAAAAAUCUGAACGCAACGGUGGAAAAGGCCUCCAGGGAACGUUGUAAAUAUUCUCUAACGCCGGAUAAAAGGGAGAAAAACAAUAAUUCCAUGCUGACAACGGGUGAUGGCGCCAGAUCAAAAAAAGAAUUGGAUAUAUCAACGGAUAGCUUCGAUGAUAUGGUCAAUAUGACAUAUAAACCUAAGGGUGCAGAAACAAAAAAGUCAGAGAAAUUCAAUGAAAUCGAAAUAAAAACAGAAAAAUUGAAUGAUUCUGGAGGAAAAAGUCCAUUGGACGAAGCAAAAGAAAGUUGUCCAGUAAAAGAAAAUAGCUCAUCCAUAUACGAACAACAACCGCCGCAAGAAAAAAAGCCGGACGUCGUGGCAAAACCCGAAGAGAAGAAACCCCGCAAAUCAGAUGUUAGUGUGGUUUUUGAAAAUGGCCUAAAUUCCUAUUUGUGUGAUCUCACACAAAGCCACCAUUUCAAAACCAAUAAUAAUGAGGAUAAUAUCCACGUUUUGAAGGCCAGUUUGGCAUUUUUCAAAACCACCUACAGCGAAUUAAUGGAAAAAUAUUGCAAUAUUGUUGAUCAAAUACCGGCAGAUUAUUUCAACAGUAUAAGCGGCUUUGAGACGGGUACCUUUUUGAAAUUGAAAAUUAUGCGACAGAAGUUUAAGGCCAAAACGAAAUUAUUACAAAAUACCUUGGAGAAACAGGAACAGAAGCAGGCGAAUGUUGAACAAAAGGCUGGUCCUAGUACAAAAAAUAAAAUUAUCCAGGAUGAGAUCCUCAAUAUCGACCAAUUGGAAGAGGAGGAACGGCAAAUGAAAGCCGAAGAAAGGCAACAGAAUUUGAAAAAUAAAAAUCUCUACAGUAAAGAACCCAGCGAUUGUCAUGAUGAUAUAGAUGCCCUGGAGGAGGAGGAAAGGCAAAUGAAAAUGGAACAAAAACAAAUUAGUAAUGGACCAAAUAAACCUACCCAUCUAGUAGAGAAUCAAAUACAAAAACAACAACUGCAAACUACUAAUAAACGUCUUCCACCUAUUCAUUUCGAAUCAGAACCUGAUUUUGAUAUCGAUGCCAUGGAGGAAGAGGAACGGCAAAUGCAAGCUGAACAGCAGCAACAAGAAAUCAUUUGCAAUGGAGCGCCAGAUGAUGGCGAAGACUUGGUGCCGCUAAAAUCCAACAAACCCAGCACAACCACUGCCACGACCACAGUAUCCAGAGACUAUCAAAAUCUCAAACAAAAAAUUAACAAUUUAUGCGAUGAUGAUGACGGCGAUGAAACUGACUAUGAAGAUUCUCAGGCGAAAUAUUUACAGGAAACAAUUAUGUUAGAUGAUUGUGAUGACAGUUUAAAUAACAAAACCGUAAAUGACACAUCCACAGUUAAUAUUCCCGACGACGAUGAUGAUGAGGAUGAUUGUGAAUUGGAUGAUUUAUUAAAUGAUAUUCGCGAGCAGGAUGCCGAGCUAAAGGGUCGACGUUCCGAAUAUAAUCAAUAUGCAUAUGGUGAAAUUGAAAAUUAUAAGGGUAAAAUACGUGAACCAUCACCGGCUAGACGUAUCACCUUUCCAGCUACAAAUGACAACAGUGUACAGGCCACAGUGGAAUUGGAUGAAGAUGGCUUUGAGAUCUAUGACCCGGAGAAAUUUGAAUUAAUGCAUUCACAAGCGGCAGCGGUACUCAACAGCUCAAAACGUUAUAGUAGUUCAACAUCAACAAUUCUCAUUGAAGAUUUCGAUUCACCCUCAACGAGUAGUCGUGCCUCAAUGCUAAACGAUGUAAUGAAGACACCAAAAUCUUCAACAACAACCCGACCCACAUUAACGGCAUCCGCACAAAAGGUUGCCGGUAAUUUUCAUUCAAAUGUACAAAAUGAUGGCAUCACAGGAGAAUUUGAUGGUACAAAUUAUCCCCAUUCCAAACGGCUUAUGGAAGCGUUACGUAUCAAUUUUGGUCUGAAGAGUUUUCGUACAAAUCAGCUGCAAGUCAUCAAUGCUGCCUUAACGGGUCAUGAUUGUUUUGUUCUAAUGCCCACCGGAGGAGGUAAAUCAUUGUGUUAUCAACUGCCAGCCAUAAUGACAGAGGGGGUAACAAUUGUUAUUAGCCCUUUGAAGUCGUUGAUUUCAGAUCAAGUCAAUAAAUUGGCCUCAUUGGAUAUAUAUGCCAAAAACUUUUCCGGUGAUCAAUCGCUAACCGAACAGCGCGCCAUCUACUGUGAUUUGGAAACCUCACCUCCGCGCAUUAAAAUCCUCUAUGUUACCCCCGAAAAAAUAUCAAGCUCUGCCAAAUUUCAAGACUUAUUAGAUAGUUUAUAUUCGAAAAAUAAUAUAGCCCGUUUUGUAAUAGACGAGGCGCAUUGUGUCUCCCAAUGGGGUCACGACUUUCGUCCUGAUUACAAACGUUUGGGUAUACUGCGUAAACGUUUCCCCAAUGUCCCCACAAUGGCAUUGACGGCUACUGCCACACCCCGCGUCCGUAUGGAUAUUCUAAAACAAUUAAAUUUACCCAAACCGAAAUGGUUCCUGUCGAGUUUCAACCGUAGUAAUCUAAAAUAUACCGUACUGCCGAAAAAGGGCUCCUCCACACUGGAGGAUAUGAAAAAUUUCAUUCAAUCACGACCCUCCAAAGAUAGUGGUAUUAUCUAUUGUUUAUCGCGUAAGGAAUGUGAUGAUGUCGCCCAGAGUAUGUGUAAAUCGGGUAUUAAAUCAUGUUCCUAUCAUGCUGGCCUGUCCGACAGUGUGCGUGAAACACGACAAAAAGAUUGGAUAACAAAUAAAUAUCGGGUGAUUUGUGCGACCAUAGCAUUUGGUAUGGGCAUCGAUAAACCAGAUGUACGAUUUGUAUUGCAUUAUUCACUGCCCAAGUCCAUUGAAGGCUAUUAUCAGGAAGCCGGUAGAGCGGGACGUGAUGGUGAAUUGGCCCAUUGUAUUUUGUAUUAUAAUUAUGGUGAUAUGAUGCGUUAUCGUAAAAUGAUGGAUAUGGACAAAUCCCUGACAGCAACCGUUAAAAAUAUCCACAUUGAAAAUCUGAAUCGCAUUGUUGGCUAUUGUGAAAAUGUAGCCGAUUGCCGUCGUGCCCAACAAUUGGAUUAUUUCGGUGAACAUUUUACCCGCGAUGAAUGUUUAAAGAAUCGUGCCACGGCAUGUGAUAAUUGCCUUAAACAACAACAAUAUUCCCUAAUAAAUCCCUUGGAAUAUUGUCGAAAAGUUGCCCAUUGUAUUAAGGAACUAUGUAGUGGACGAUCGAGAUUUACUCUGCUGCAUAUUGCGGACGUCCUGAAGGGUUCAAAUAUUAAAAAAAUUGUCGAAUUCAAUCACAAUAAAACUCGUCAUCAUGGCAUACUCAAGGAUUGGGAUAAAGCCGAUAUACAACGCCUGCUGCGUGUUAUGGUUACCCAAGAGUAUUUACGUGAAGAUCUGAUAUUUGCCAAAGAUAUACCGCAGGCGUAUAUUUACUUGGGCCCAAAGGUGGAGAAGUUAAUGAAGGAGAAUGUUAAAAUGGAAUUUGCCCUGACACGUAAACAGGGACGUGGUCAGCUAUCAACGGCCGGCUCAUCCAAUGAUAACGUUGCAAAAUCAACUGCAUCGGGCACAUUGGCUUCGUCAUCUACCUCGAAAAGUAAUGAAUUGCUUACCGAUAUCUAUCAUCGUUGCUACUCGGAUCUAUUGGAUUUGUGUCGGACAAUUGCCGCUCAACGUAAUGUUACCAUGGCCAGUAUUAUGAAUAUACAAGCCAUUAAGGCAAUGGCUGAACAAUUACCCGAAACCGAAGCGGAAAUGUGUUCCAUACCCCAUGUCACUAAAGCCAAUUUCGAUAAAUAUGGUGCCAAGCUAUUGGAAAUUACCCGAAAUUAUGCGGCAGAGAAAUUGUGCAUUUUAAUGGAUUUGGAAGAGAUGCAACAACAGGAGAAGGCAGCAAGUGGCGGCGGAGGAGGAGUAGGUGGGGGUGGUAGCGGUGGAGGAUUUAUGAAUGAUUACGAUGAUGAUGACGACAGUGAUGGUUGCGAUGAUAAUGAGGGUGAUUGGAGUCGAGCUGCUGCUUCCCAGGGUAGUGCCAACAGUGGAGGAGGCGGCGGUAGUUAUCGUGGUGGUAAACGGAAACGUACAUGGCGUUCAAAAGGUGGUAGUGCCAAAAAAUCACGUAAAGGUGCAGGAUCCUCCUCGAGUUGGGGUGGUGCAGCCGCUGCCGUUAGUCCUUCCCGGAAAUAUGGUAGUAAAAAGGUAUUUGGCUCUCCAUCAACACGGGGGAAACGUAGUUCAACUGGCCGUGGUGGACGAGGUUCGACAUCAUCACGUGGUGGAGGCGGCACUUGGGUGGCUAAGAAAACUGGUUCAAGUGGUGGUUUCCUAAUGAUGCCAAUACCCACAUCGAAAUAG